AUGGUAGCACUUACCACCCUCGUCUCAACACUCUCCCUCGCAUCCCUCACAGCAGCCGGCGCCCGGCCUUGGCGUCGGGAUUCUACUCUCACCCAGACCCCCACAUCCUGCAUACCAGAACACGGACCUCUGGACUCUGACCGCAGUGUGGUCGUCAUAGCGGCGCCCGGAGGAGGGGUAGCCGGGAAAGAGGAGGUCGAUGUUAUGGCGGAUGGUUUGACGCGGUAUGGGAUACAUCACCGAGUCAUCUGCAACGGAGUGGCAUGCUCAGAAGAUGAGCUUGCGACGGGCCUCAUCGACUUUUUCCAGGGCCGCCCCCAGAACAGUACAGGACCCGUCACGGCGAUUAUUCAGGCUCAUGGAGGGGCAGAUCAGUUUGGAGACCAUAGAGUGCAGAUGAGCUCAGGGCAGGGCGAGUCCUUGAGAUACACCAGAGACCUCCUGCAACUAGUGCUCGGCACUGGUACUGGUACCGCGGCAAUCACUGGUACUGGUAUGGUACGAGACGACCUGAAAAAAAUCUCGCCGAGGCCACUUCCCGCGCAGACUGCCGGAAAGACGUCGGUAGUGCGACUCCGAAGGGAUGAGAGUCAUACAUGCCACUACCUGCAACAGCUCGUCCGAGCAUCGGAGGUCCAGUACGAUGGAUUGGCUGAGCCUGGAUCGACAACUGCCUCACAAGACUCCCAUCCGUCAUUCUUUGCGAGACACAGAAAACCACCGCUCGAAAUGGACGUCUUCCUCGUGUCUUGCGAAGGGGAGGCCGCUUUGCGCGACGAGGAUGUUUUGCCCGAGAAGGGCACCAUGGUGACUUUGUCAUCAGGCACAGCCUAUGCCCGAGACGCUACAUCUGAAGAGUGUAUACCAAGAGAUCAAGACCCCUUUUCAGUCACAUCUAUGCGCAAGGUGUACCUCCGCGGGCUUAGAGCGAAAAACCCGCCCUCCUAUGCUGUCUCCAGCGGCGAGUGGCGGUUUACCGAACCCGAUCAGACAUCGCCACCCGUUCUACUCGGGGAUCUAUUGGCUCAGCGACAUGGGACGAGCUUUACUGUGGCGGAAAAGUCCCUCAUCAGGGAGGACUUGGGAGGAAAGAUCCCAAGUGAGGAGCUGUGGUUGGUCAUGAGGAAGAUGACUCAGGGUCUCAAAUGGGGCGUCAAUGCUCUGGAAGGGGAUUAUGAGUACGGGCUCGCUCUGAUGAUCAGCGAGCUCUUGGGCCCCGUCGAUGAGGAGAGGAUCAGGGCGGCGGAACACAGCUCGCUGUACGGUCUUGCCCGCACCGCCUUACGAUCGAUGAGUCCCUGUUUGCCACUUGCCACCACUUUCGCCGCCACGCUCGCGACCGCAGCUGCCACUCUUAUCUACCCCGCAUUACGUUGUCGUGCCGAGAAACGCGGGGAAAGUCCACCUCCAAGUCAACCCCCCUCUCCCUUCAACCAGCCAUCACCAAACACAACAUCAUCCAUCAUGCCGCCCGUCGGAGAAUGGCAGCUCGACUUCCACAUGCCCGUGGCAGAAGGGGACGACCCGCGGCAUCAUACCUGGACAUCAAAGAACCUACCGGAUACCUAUUUCUACGUCGUCGUUCUAGGGAUCGACCCCCAUACCUACAAGUUCCGGCUGGAGACAGAUGAGAAGAGGACCGAGUGGAUGAACUACUGGGAGAUGUCUACAUACCUCGACAACAAUAAAACUCGCCAGACCAAGUACAGCGUCAGCGCCUACCCUUCCUCGUCCGAAGUGGAAGAUGGCGAGAAGGCCCUCAUCCAACAACCUUGGACAGGAUCCGGAGGUCAGAAGGUGGAGGGUGCCAUUGAUGGAAUGCACCAAGCGCUGAGAGCAAUCACCAACGAGCGGGAGACAGUGGUGGCGGAGCAGCAUCAAGCAUCGUCUUCCCUUGCAUCAGCAGAGAAAGAAGGGAAGAACACGUCCCCAGCGAGUGCGGCCGAGAAGGGGAAGGGCAAGGUGGGCGCAGUGGCGACUGAACCGAAGAUCAUUUCUUUCGCAAACGCCAAUACGUCUACAGGAUCCUCGGCCAAUCCGAGCCUCACCUGCAUCCGGAUGAAGGGCCGUUCGGAGCUCGCUGCGUCCCCCACAGUCCCCACCCACGCCUCGCCCAAAAUUGUCUCGACCAAAAAGUCAUCCUCAGCCUAUAGUCUCGUCGACGUCAGCGGAGACGAGUCGGACAGCGACGACUGCGCUUGGCCGACCGACACUAUGCCGGACAUGGCCUCCAAGAAGCCUGACACCGAGGGUGUCUCGGCCGGUAAGGCCGCUGAACCCUCUACUGGUACCACCGCACCAGCCAUUCUCACAGGGCCCGGCACCACCAAGCAGUCCGGAGCAGGCUUGCUCGACGUUGGUCAGCUCAAGGACCUCGAGCGAAUCGUCUCGGAAGCGGUCAAGUCCGCGCCGGCCGGACCGGAGGAGGACGACAUCCAUCAGCGCAUCCUCAGCAUGCUCUCCAGUCUCCCUCCGCCGGCUCAGCCCAUCUGCGCGAAGCCUCGUCAGGCUCCUCUCCAGUCAGAGGCUUCCAAGCCACCAGAGGGGCCGGCCAGCGUACGUCAUCUCGAUGCCCUUGCCGCUCUCAAUCCGCCCGGGAUUCCCUCUCCCGUCAGCGCCCCUGCGGCCGUCACGUCCGCUCCUAAGCCCAAUACCGCAACGGCCCGCCUCACUCAAGGUCCCUGCUCCAGUCCGCCCAAGUCGAGCAUUCAAGGCUCAUUUACUGCGCCUUCUGCAGGCCCGAUCUCCUUCGCUUUAUCCAAACCCAUCACGGCCGGUCAGCCCGAACCCUCCACCGCGGCGCCCCGUACCCUGCGCACCGACAGCAAACAUACCACGCGGCCUCUUGCGGCUGCACCGACCUCGCCGGCGAUCCCUCCCAUCGUUCCCUGCUUCGAGCGGGACAGGUCGAUCGUUAUCCCAAACGACUGCCUCGUUUUCGGUCAGCGCUUGGGUCCAAUCAUUACCGUCGACAAAGCGUCAGGAAACGAGCCGAACGGUUCCCUUCGUCUGAUGUUUCGCCUCACCCACGUCGAUGAGGCGGACAUCAGGGCGCGGAUCUGGGAAGCGUGGGGACCAGAGUGGAGCGAUGCGGAUCGGGCUACUAUUUAUGUCUCUGAGAGGAAGGACGGGACCUUGGCUGCAUGGGCAGGUCACCAUAACCUACAGAACACAAUGGGCCGCUUGCUGACCCCAUAUCAGGCAUUAUCCAAGAGGUUCAACUCCAGAGAUGAUCUGCACAUCAUGCUCGUCAAGAAGGCCACGGUCGCCACGGCCGCGGCUGCUUUUCCUCCAUCAGUGUCUGGACUCUACGCUCAGGCAUCGCGUCGCCCCGGUCAGACCCUCUGCUUCGAUCGAGACCGGACCGUCACACGACCCUUCGGCCCCAUCUCCUUUGGCGGGCCGUCCGGACCGGUUAUGGCGCCCGUCGUCACAAUCGACAAGCCAAGCGACUUGCAGGGUGCUACCGCCGCCGAGCGGAUGCCGCUCAUCUACACGGCCGAGGCUGUUAUCGGCUCGGUCCGAGAAGACUCGGUUCGCGCUCGGAUCUAUGAUGCGUGGGGCGAUGAGUGGAGCGAUGGGGAUAAGACUUCUCUCGAGGUGUUUGAGAAGGUAUGUGGGCAGUGUAGAUGUGAGGCGACAGUACCGUUCGCGGAAUGGACGGCGAAAGUGCAUCACCGCACCAUCGUCAGCGUACACAUGAGGAUCGUCAAGAAGGCGUCUGGUCCAAGCCCGUCCACCGCAUCCGCCGGACCAUCCACGCAGAACGACACGGCGGACGCUGCACCCACUGCGGAGCCCGCACCCACCAGCGUCAAGCGCGGAAGCAUUGGUCUACGCCCCGCCGAUGUCUUCAUCUCGGCGUGUCCCUCUCCUACACUCGAGCAAAGCUUCUCGGUCCCCAUCCCCAUCGCAGACCCCAUGACUCCCUCGGCCUCGAGUAUCAAUCUCCCAGCUGGGGUCCUCUCUCCAAACUCCCAGCAAGAGCUACUAGGUCGAUACCUCGCCGACCUCGCCGCUUCCCCGCUCAAUACCUCGGCUUCCCUCCGUGUCCUUGAUAUGCUCAAGGACGAGGACGUCCGGCUCGACAGCUCGCUCGGGCUCAAGCUGCUCGAACUGGCCAAGUCUCUCCGGGUCGACGGUGAUCUGGCGCCGGGCAGGAAAGGCAAAGGGAAGGAGUCCGCGGUCCCGGCCAAGAAGGUGGACAAGACGGAGGCAAUGCUGCGCAAGGUCCUCGAGAAGCUCAACGACCACUCGGGGAUGCUCAAUGCUAUCGCUGAGGCGAGCGGGGUCAACUUGCUUGACGAUGAUGAGGCGGUCCUCGUAGAGGCACCGGUGGCGGAGCCAAUCCCGGAGCAGUCCACUACUUCCGGCGCAACCCCUCACCCACCUUCGACUCAGGUGGACUGUACCAUACAGACCAUCAGCCCGGUCCCCGCAACCCACGUCUCGGUGGACCUCACAUCGCAGCUAGCGGAGGUCACCGCCUCGCUGGCCCGCCUGACACCGAAGGUGGCGGACACCGCUAGCGUCCUGUCCGCCUCCUUGGUAUACCCACCCGCUGGCACGAGCGUCGCCGAGCUCGUCACCAGGCUGAUGGAAGGUUCUACGUCUGCAGGCUCAGCUGGUCCUGCCGCCAGCCAUGCGGACUCGGCGCCGCGUCCUCUCCCGUCUACGGACGGAAACCCCUCUUCCCUCGAUAACGCAUCGACCGGUGCCACCUCCGGGAGCGAGACAGCCAAUAGCUCUCCCGCUGCUACACGGUCCACCACCCCUCGGAACCCCUUUGCCGACCCACCCCGCUUCGGCCAUUCCUAUCACCCUUACCGACCAGACCAGCCCCCUUCCUCAUUCGCCGACCGUGAGCUUCCGCGCAUCUCGCCCAGACACCAAGCAUUCGCGCGGUAUGCGACCAGCCAGCCGGCCUUCCCGUCGGACGCCGCUCGCCAGCGGCACAGCUGGGCACCGGGCUCAGCGGCUCGGCACGGGAGCCGGGAGUUAUGGUCUGGCGUAGAUGCCUACGCCAGUCCUCCACCAUUCAUGUUUGCCCAUCCGCCCAAUCAUCCAUUAUACCCCCAUGGCAUGUUCGGCAUGUCAGGCUCAACCUACAGUGGCUUCAGGUCCAGCCGGGACGCACCUUACGGCUACAACCCAAUGAUGCUCCACCAGCAAAACGAGAUGCUUCUGAACCGGCUUCAAAGCGAGCGCGUCAGCGCCGGGUUUGGGGGACCGUAUGGAUUCGGCCAAUCCGCUCCAUCGCACUCGGGCGGUCUCUUCGGGUCGGCACAACCUGCCGCUGCCUCCCGUCCGAGCUUCGGCCAGGGACCCGCGCAGACCGGGGGUCUCUUUGGCUCAGCGGCAGCUUCCGUGCCAAGCUCCGGCGGCGGCCUUUUCGGUCAAUCCACUGUACCCGCUCCGCCCGCGUCAGCGGGCGGUGGAGGACUAUUUGGUGCAACCGCAGGUCCCUCUCAACGUCCCAGCGGUGGCCUUUUCGGUCAAUCCCCAGCACCCGCUCGAACUCCUGCCACCGAGGGAGGACUCUUUCCCGCAUCCGCAGCUCCCUCUCAGCGCUUCAGCGGCGGUAUCUUCGGCGAUCCGUCUAUGGCCCUUCAGCCUCCGCCCCCGAGCGGAGGGCUGUUUGGCUUUUCAUCGGUUCCCACAAGCACCCCAGUUGCUGGCCAGCCUCCCCCUGCGCAGUCUGAGGCUCCUAUCGGCGGACCUGCUCCGACACCAACUGGGGGCAGCUCAGUCCCGACAGGCGAUGGCGGAGAAUGUAAGACUCAAUGA